UUAAAUAUUUAAAGGGUUAUUUUAUUGUUAGUUCUUUUUCAACAGAUUUACUUGAACGCAGCUUAAACCAACCUGUUGCUAUGUAACAGAGUGUAAACAUAUAAGAUAUGUUGGAAAGUGUGGGCAGUCAUUCCAACAGAACAGUUGUUGUUAAUAUUGUCUAACGGCCUAAUAUCUUCAAAUCAGUCAAUUCACACUAUCAAGCUGUAGAGAGAGUACAGUGUGGUCAGCUUUGUAAAAUGGAUUGGUCCAGUUUUAUAUUUAAGCCCUUUGUGAUGGAUAAGGAGUCUCUGCAGAAGGUAGUAUUAGAGCAAGGUCUUGGAGAUCAAGGUGAACGUAUUGCCAAAAUGGAAGGAAUCCAGUUCAGUGACGUCCAUGAACUAUCUCUGGGAUACAAAGACAUCCUGAAGAUCGACCACCUGUGGGAAUUUACAUCCUUAACCAAACUGGAGUUAAACUCCAACCUAAUAAAGAAGAUUGAGGGUCUGGACCGUCUCACUAAUCUCACAUGGCUUGAUCUGUCAUUUAACAAGAUCGAGAAAAUUGUGGGUCUGGAGACUCUGAAGAAUCUUGAAUUGCUGAAUUUAUCCAACAACAAAAUCUCUGUUAUUGAAAACAUGGACACACUUGAGAAACUUACUAUUUUCUCCAUUGCAGACAACCUUCUUGAAAAGUUGCAUGACGUGCUGUCUCUCAGGAGGUUCAAGAACCUGUUCAGUCUCAACAUAAGUGGAAAUCCCCUCUCUAAGGACGAAGAUUGCAAAUAUUUAAUUGCUGCAAACUUUCCAAAGUUGAAAUAUCUAAACUGCAGAUAUCUUGAUGAGAAAACUAAAAAGGAAGCAUCUGUCAAAUUCAACACAGAUGAGCUGCUGACACCACAAACUCCUAAGGCUUCAGAACAGACUGAAACUGAGCCACAGUUACACAAGGAUGCCUUUGUGGAGUUCUUGAAUGGGCCCCAUCUGUUUCAGCAAAUGCACAAGGAGGAUCCACAUACAGAUGAAUUACACUCCUUGCCAGAAAUAGCUUCUCUCCAUAGCACAUUUAAAAGCCAGAUCGUGCAGCUAUGUAUGCAGUUAUUUGAAAUAGGCUUGGAGGAGCAUAAGCACCGAGAAAAAGCAGUGAACUCCUUCGUCAGUAGUCGUGCGAACGCUGUGGCAGAGGGCCAGCAGAAAGCAUCACAAGUAUUGGCCAAGUUUGAACAGCAAUACAAUGAGAGCAUAGCAGAGAUGCAGGAGUUAUCAGACCCAGAGCCACUGACAGACAAGAUAAAUGUUUGCAUUGAUGAAAUUCAACAACUCCGCGAAAGCCUCCUGAUGCUGGAGUUUGAGCUUAUCAGUCAGAUGGAGGAUCUCAUCAAAAAACUGGACAACAGCAUCUCAGACAUGGUCGCCUCCUUCAGUGAAACUGCUCAAGGGAUAUUUGUACAGUGCCGAGAUCUGGAGAAUGAGUAUAAUGAGAAAGUGCGGAACGUUGCUGUAGCAACUCUUGAGAAAGUGGCAAAGGGCAAUGUGGAGGAGGACAUGCCUGAAGAUGUGCGAAUGCUGUUCAUGGACAAAGACAACGUGAUGGAUGUGCUGGCUACUUGUCACAAUAACCAUGUUCUGGCUAUCAGUGACAGAGAAACUCAUCUGAUCACACGUCUCAAUGACUGGAAAGAUGGCCUCAUUAAAGCGAGUCAAGCCAAAGCCCUUCAGCGGAAUCGUAUGGGCAUUUCAGACAUCAACAGUUAUGUGGACUAUUUGAUGGAACAGUUGAAUGAGUUGCAGUAACAAGUAUUUGAUUCUCUUCACUCUUGUACCUGUCUUGGAAAAAUAAAGCAUUUUGAAUGAUG